AUGUCCUUGUCGACAGUUUGUGUUUACCACGUGGAGCUGGUGGAGAACAACAUGAAGCAGAGCAGAAGACUGAUGGUGAUCCUCACCCCAGGUUCAGGAUCAGGCUCUGAAAUCACUGACCAACGUCUCGACUCGCUCCGUGAAUCAGUGAUAGGAGGGUUUGACUGGCAGGUUGGGCUCCACCAUGCUCUGGUGCAGAGGGAGAUGAGUGUGAUUCUGAUCCAGCUGGGAGACACUGGGCCACAGGGAUACACACACCUCCCCAUUGGCCUGCAGCAUUUGAUUCGAAAAAGCGCCCCCAUCAGGUGGUCAGAGGGUUCGCGGGAUGCUGCUGCGUGUAACUCACGCUUCUGGAAGAGAGUUCGAUACCUGAUGCCGGCCACACCUGCCAAGAGGUGUCCACAGUAUGCUCUCAUUUGAGAUAAAGAAGAGCUGUCUGGAGUUUUUACAGGAUCUCACUGCUCACUUUAGGAGACUCAUCUAUGUGCUGCUGUUUGUGUUUAUUGUGCUUUUUCUGUGGAAUUUUGUGAUAUUCUCUGCUCUCUCCUAAUGACUUGAAGUUGCCCACUUAACUCAGGUAGUCUGAGUCCUUUACUGUUUUGUUGUGAACUUUUAUUGUGAAAUGUAUGUGUCCUAGGGGCAGCAUCUGACAGAGGCUACACAUUCAUAUCCAUUCCUAAUUGUUCAAGUAUUAAACCAAUAUGGUGUGUUUAAAUACAGAGUAUGUAGUUCUGUAAAUAAAGGCUCCACUACUUUAGUUUAUGAGGACGCACAGCAUAAAUACAAUUUGCUGAAGAUAAACAUUAACAAUGUUAUUAUUCUAAAGAAAAAGGGUGAGAAGUUGUAAGAAAAUACUUUUAUAUUUUCAAUGUGUUUUAAAUACAACAAAUUUCUUUUUUUUCACAGUCCAAAAAAUGUUUUUUGUUUCUUGCUCUUUGUCCUUUUUGACUUGUUAACAUGACCAUUUGUUUUGGUGAGAUAAAUAUAAUAUUAAUAUU